AUGUCUUCCUGGCAACCCCUCUCCUUCUCAACGGCCGUCGUCGUCGCCAGCAUCCUCACGGCACUAUGCUCCAGAGCCCCACGCGAAGCGGAACGAACAUGGGGUAGGGACCGGCUCGGCAUCUGGGCGACGCCCAAGGUCUCAUUCAUCCGACGACUUGUCACGGUGGCCGUUGGCGCAUGCCACGCCGUCGUAGCGUCCUCGUCUUCCGAGACCGACCUCGUCUGUCGCCAUCCGCAAAACAUUAAUCGCAAACUCUUCGAAUGGAACAAAUACACGACGCUCUGUUUGUUUCUCAUCGUUGGCAUCGGUGCCCCAUUGCGGCUUUUGGCUUUCGCCCAGCUCGGUGGGAAUUUCACGUUCCAGCUUGCAAGGCCGAGCGGUCUUACGACGACGGGAGUUUACCGAUACAUCCAGCACCCGGGAUACACGGGACAAGUCCUCGUGUUGUUGGCAAACUUGGCGUACUUGUUCCGAUGGGACGGGGUUGUCGGUUGUUGGGUUUCUCAGGAGCUAGAGGCACGGUUGAAUGGAUGGGGGCUGGUUUGCUAUGGUGUUAUGGUACUGGUCAUGGCGAGGAAAGUUUUGGUGAGAGUUAUGGAUGAAGAGGAGAUGUUGAGAAAGACCUUUGGAGACGAGUGGGUUCUGUGGCACACUCGAACUAUGCGGUUUAUUCCUGGGGUCAUGUAA